CUGGCGCUCAUCCCCCCCUUGAGACAGAGUCUUCCCUCCGCACCCUCUCCCCCUAUCCUCCCUUUGCCCGUGCCGCGCUCUUUUCGCCUCGUCCCCACCUCGCCACUCGCCCCACGCCCAGCUCCCCACUCCCCCUUUGUUUUUGGAUCCGCCGCCCAGCAGCCAUGUCGAACGCCAACAACACCCCCCUCCCCGCCCCGGCUAGCUACGGUGGCUUCACCUUCGAGAACACUCACCGCAAUGCCCUCCUCACCCGGAUGGGCUAUGAUGCCCCGAACGCCACCAAGACCGGUACCACCAUUGCGGGCAUUGUCUUCAAGGGCGGUGUCAUGCUCGGUGCCGACACUCGCUCCACCUCCGGCUCGAUCGUGGCCGACAAGAACUGCGAGAAGAUCCACCGCAUCUCGUCGAACAUCUUCUGCUGUGGUGCCGGCACGGCCGCCGACACGGAGAAUGUCACCGGCAUGGUCGAGGCCAAGCUUCGACUCCAUGAGCUCAAGACUGGCCGCAAGGCUCGCGUGGUCAACGCUCUGACCCUCCUCAAGCAGCACCUCUUCCGCUACCAAGGCCACGUCUCGGCUGCCCUGGUCCUCGGUGGCGUGGAUCACACGGGUCCCCGGCUGCACACGGUGGCCCCCCACGGCUCGACCGACACCCUUCCCUACGUGACCAUGGGGUCCGGCUCGCUGGCUGCCAUGUCCAUCUUUGAGUCGCGCUGGAAGCCGGACAUGAGCUUCGAUGAGGCGGCCCAGCUGGUGGGCGAUUCCAUUCGCGCCGGUAUCUUCCACGAUCUGGGGUCCGGCUCGAAUGUCGACUUGACUGCCAUCUACCUCCAGGAGGAUGGCACCGUGGCCGUGAAGAUCAUGCGCAACAUCGACUGCCCCAACCCCAAGCCCGCCCCGGUGCUCAACUACAAGUACCCCACCGGCACUACUGCUGUCCUUACCAAGGAGGUCAAGCCCUUCAGCCAGCUGGCCGAGGUGACCGCCAUCUCGAGGACCAUCUUCGAGAACAACGAGGACGAUGAUGCGGCCCCUCCUGCCGCCAGCGCACCUGUCCCGAUGGACAUCAACUAAUUAUUCGACCUUGUUCCUCCGCCCGCGGGCGCUGCCGCUGUUGUGAUCGCGCUCCUCUCCCAUCAUCACAUAUCAUGUCCGCCACCACAACAGCGCGAGGGCACCUCUCCUCUCCUGCCGCCUCGGGUGCCUGGAGUGUCGACCGCGAGAUGUCCACAAACAGGCGGCCAUAUCUCCCUUUUCUAUCUAUCUCUCUCUGUGGGUGGGGCAAUCGGAAAAGACCCUCCCAUUUAUCUGCCCUUCUCUCCCCCUCUCCCCUCUCCUCCUUCUCCUUGCGCGGACGAACGUAUGCGCCAACGUGCGCCCUUCCCAAUAAAAACGUGUAGCAUAUUCAUCUAUA